GCAGACCAUCCCAACACAGCCAGCACAUACGUCUCCUUGCGAUAGAGCGAUAGACUAGACCUACGAACCAUGCCUUCGAAACAACCCCUCUCGCCUUACCCCGUCAUCGACGCGGACCCUACCUUCGGACGAGUGGUCAGGUAUAUGCGACCGAGCGAUUAUGCCACUUGGGCCGCGGCCGCUGCUGCUGGUCCCGCUGCUUUCUGGGGUCUUGAGCGAGUCGACCCUUCCCGCGCAUCCACCCGAUCGGCCAUGAAGCUCGUCGGUUUCCUUGGAGUUUCCGCUGGGUUCUUGUUGGCUUACCAGAGGAGCAGUUUCCGAUUCAUGGGUCUUUCUGAGAACGCCUCGGAGGCCAAGAAGGACCACGCCGAGCUCUCCGCUCGUGUCAAGGCCGGACAACCCAUCUACGGCGAGACGGACCUGACCGAUUACGUCCAGAGUGUGGCUGCGAGGAACUCUACUUGGAGCCAACUGAAGUUGAGCGUCAUGCCUUGGUUCAACCUGGUCAACCACAACUAUCACGGUGUCGACACGUCAAAGUAUGGCGAACAAAAGUAGAGAGAGUUGGAGGGGAUGCAACGAGAGAGAUGUCCAUGUGCGCUUUUGUAUCUGUAACACAAUUAAUGCCCAAUCCGCAUCCUGUUAGAGAGAUUCAGACGGUUUCACGGUGUGUUUUCGGCGAAAUCCGCGAGAGAAAGAU